AUGAGGGAAAUCCUAAAUGUACAAGGUGGGCAAUCUGGAAACCAAAUUGGAUCAAAAUUCUGGGAAGUUAUAUGUGAGGAACAUGGGAUAGACCAAACAGGGAAAUACGUUGGAAUUAGCGAUGUGCAACCUGAACGUGUGAACGUAUACCAUAACGAAGCCAGUGGUGGGAGGUUUGUGCCUCGUGCCGUGCUCAUGGAUCUCGAGCCUGGUACCAUGGAUGGUGUUAGAUCGGGUCCUUUUGGGCAGAUCUUUCGUCCGGAUAACUUUGUUUUUGGUCAGUCUGGUGCUGGGAAUAACUGGGCCAAGGGUCAUUAUACUGAAGGUGCUGAACUUAUUGAUGCAGUUCUUGAUGUUGUUCGAAAAGAGGCGGAGAACUGUGACUGCCUACAAGGUUUUCAAGUGUGCCAUUCUUUGGGUGGAGGGACAGGAUCUGGGAUGGGUACUUUAUUGAUCUCGAAAAUUAGGGAGGAAUAUCCAGACAGGAUGAUGCUCACUUUCUCGGUGUUUCCAUCACCAAAAGUCUCGGAUACUGUUGUCAAGCCUUACAAUGCAACUUUGUCUGUUCAUCAGCUUGUUGAAAAUGCAGAUGAGUGCAUGGUGCUUGAUAAUGAAGCUUUAUAUGAUAUCUGUUUCAAGACUCUCAAACUCACCAAUCCUAGCUUUGGUGAUUUGAACCACUUGAUCUCUGCGACCAUGAGUGGGGUGACAUGCUGCCUGAGAUUUCCUGGUCAACUCAACUCAGACCUGAGAAAACUAGCAGUCAAUCUAAUUCCAUUCCCACGUCUCCACUUUUUCAUGGUGGGGUUCGCUCCUUUAACAUCUCGCGGGUCCCAACAAUACCGUGCCCUGACAGUCCCAGAACUUACUCAACAAAUGUGGGAUGCAAAAAACAUGAUGUGUGCUGCCGACCCACGACACGGACGCUACCUAACUGCAUCUGUCAUGUUCAGAGGCAAGAUGAGUACUAAAGAAGUGGAUGAGCAGAUGAUCAAUGUCCAAAACAAGAACUCCUCAUACUUUGUUGAAUGGAUACCAAAUAAUGUGAAGUCAAGCGUUUGUGACAUCCCUCCAAAAGGGCUGUCAAUGGCGUCAACAUUUAUUGGGAACUCGACUUAAUUGGGCUGGUAAGCAUUACGUAAAGCUAAAAAUUUGUAGUUUUGAGGCAUAUAUAGAGAUGUUUUGAUGUAUCAAGAAAUAUGAUGAUGCUCAAUUGCUCAUUUCAAGCCUCUAUGGGGUUGAUUGGAAUGGCUACUUAAUGCAAGAAACAAUGAUGCAACCUACAAUGCCAGGUCAAAAUAAUGGGGACGCAAAAUGUUAACAAGCUCAGAUAGUUCAUACUCAAGGAGCAGAGCAACAACUUGAAAAUAUGCUUGAUUCUCACGGUCUCAAAACAUACAGUAACAGAGAAACAGGAGAAGAUGAAAAUUUACUCAUUCAUGUUGCUAGUCCUGGUUUGUGAGUUCCAUAAGUGCAACUAAUUAGUUCCUAUCUUAAGAAUAUAAUCAUGAGCAAAACAUUCUAAUAA